UUCCACCAUCAAAAUUCAGUUAUUUUUUCCUUUAGCCCUUUUUACCCUUCAACCAUUUCUAAAAUGACCCCAAAAUCCGACCGCCGGAUUCUGACUUUCCAGGCCGUCGUCCCCUGCUCCGGCGUCUCCCCCAUCGCCCUUCUCAAUUCCCUAAUCGCCCUCGCCCGCACCAUUGCUGGAUUCCGAUCAAAGACCUUCGGGUCCCACCAGCGCAAUAUCCGAGAAGCGGCCCGACAGAUUGCAAUCCUCCUCAUCUUCUUAGAAGAGAUCCGUGAUUGCGGAUCCCCUCUAUCGGAUUCCACCAUCCUAUGCUUCUCCGAGCUCCACAUCGCCCUCCAGAAGAUCCAGUACCUGUUGCAAGAUUGCGGUCGCGAAGGGGCCCGCCUUUGGAUCCUUAUGCAAUCUGAUCGUGUGACAAAUGAGCUUCGUAUCUUGAUCCGGACGGCUGCAACUGCGCUCGAGAUCCUCCCAUUGGCGUCGAUCGAUGUGGAUGAAGAUGUUAGAGAGCUAGUUGAAUUGGUCACAAAGCAGGCGCAGAAGGUGAAGGUCGAGAUUGACCCGGCCGAUGAGCGUGCUGUGAGGCAUGUCGUUGAUGUUUUGGGCCAAUUUGAGAAGGGAAUUUCUCCGGAUCAGAGUAAUCUGAAAUGGGUUCUUGACAAUUUAGAGAUUCGAAGCUGGAGCGAAUGCAAUCAAGAGAUUCGGUUCUUGGAAGAAGAGAUGGAAUUAGAGAAUUCAAAGGGGACUGAAAGAGGAAUUUCUCUUCUUAGUAGCUUGGUGGGGCUCAUGAGCUACUGCCGGGCCACAAUCUUCGAUGCUUUGGAUUGCCGAAGCAAUGAACAGCCGGAUUGUAGAUGCGAGGAUAGGGAGAUGAUCAGCUGCCUAAAUCUAGAAGAUUUCAGGUGCCCAAUUUCCCUUGAGCUCAUGAUCGAUCCGGUAAUCAUCGCGUCGGGUCACACCUAUGACCGUUCGUCGAUCGUGAAGUGGUUCAAAGCUGGAAAUCUCAUCUGCCCCAAAACCGGCGAGAAGCUGCUACACACCAAGCUCAUCCCAAAUUCCAUAAUUCAUAAGCUGAUUCAGAAGUUCUGCAAUGACAAGGGCAUUUCAAUUGUCAAGCCGAGCAAUCACACACGCGAUUUGGGAUGGACUGUUUUACCUGGAAGCCCAGCCGCAGCAGAAGCCAUACGGAUGCUUGCAGUCUUCCUCGUCGAGAGGUUAGCUGCCGGGACAGAGGAAGAGAAGAACAGAGCUGCUUAUGAAGUCCGGCUGCUUUCGAAAUCGAACAUAUAUAACCGGGAGUGUUUGGUGGAAGCGGGUGCAGUCUGCCCGCUUCUGGAUCUGCUUUCGUCAAUUUGGCCGUUGGCCCAAGAGAACGCGAUUGCAGCUCUUUUAAAUCUUUCAAAGUACUCAAAGGGCAAAACAAUCAUAUUUGAAAACGGCGGGGUGGGCCCAAUCUUAGAUGUUCUGACCACUGGAUUGAAGAUGGAAGCUAGGCAGAACGCCGCCGCAGCUCUGUUCUACCUUUCUUCAGUGAAUGAGUACCGGGAAGCUAUCGGGCAGAUACCAGUCGCAAUUCCAGCACUGGUAGACCUGAUAAGAAGCGGGCCCACUGCCCGUGGGAAAAAGAAUGCAGUGGUCGCAUUAUUCGGGCUGCUGCUGUUUCCUGGAAACCAUCGGAGAGCGCUGGCUGCUGGCGCAGUCCAAGCUCUAAUUGAUCUCCUGACAUCUGAAAGAUCUGAUCUGGUAAAUGACUGUCUAGCAGUCCUCGCAACAUUGGCGGAAAAACCAGAAGGGGCUACUGCAAUCCACCGGGCCGCAGCAAUACCUCUGCUGGUCAGUAUUCUGCGGUCAUCAUCGUCCCAAUUGGGGAAGGAGUACAUCGUCUCAGUUCUCCUGUCUCUAUGCAUCACUUGUGGCGCAGAGGCAGUCUCCAUUCUACAGAAAACACCUUCGAUUGUGCAGACUUUGUAUUCACUUCUCACCGACGGCACUUCGCGUGCGAUGAAAAAGGCCAACUCGCUGCUCCGUCUCCUCCACAAUCUCCAUGAUCUGAGUUCGAUGGGCAUGUCGACUCCGGCCAUCCCACAAGAUCAAGCUGUUCAUGUACAGUAACUUGAUUUUCACUCCGACGAUUCUUUCUUUCGACUCACUGUAUUUUUUUUCCCAAGCAUUUGUCCAUGUACAUAUACAUAUAUACGUACGUACUGAUGUUUUUUUUUGUAUGUACGUAUGUACUGAUGUGUGGUUUUUUGUUUUGUUUUGUUUUGUUUUGGGUAUUAGCUCAUUUUUAUAUAAGAGCUGAAUACCAUUCGAUUCCAUUCUGGGAUUGAAAAUUCCAAACAUGUAAAUUCAUACACAUAUCAUUGUGAUCUGCAUUUGUUGUAUUGUAGAUGUAUUCGAGCAUAAUAUGAAUUUGAAUUUUAUGUGAAAGAUGCAAGUUUGAUUAA